AUGACUCAAGGUAUUUCGUUGGAAGACGUUUUUGAUGAUGUGGCUAACUUUUUGAACCAGAACGAUCUAGCGUCACUCUGUCUGGUAAGUCGCCGCUUCAAUGAGUUGGCGACUCCUCGACUAUACGCUGAUAUCACAAUUAAUAAGAAUCCAGUAUUGCGCUCGAAAGACUGGUGGAUUGAGUGUGGGAAAACGUAUGUCGCUGGGUAUCGAUCUAUAACCAAGAGUAACGACCAAAAUGAUUUAUUCUUAUACGAUAGGAUAUGCAGACUUUUAGAAAGCAAACAUUUGUAUCUGAUACGGACUCUGGUAGUUCAGGAAGAUGUAUUCAAUGAUACAGAGGCCGGUAUGCCGUUAUUACAACGAUUAAUUGAUAGUGUGAGAUCGUUAAAUCAAGUAACAAAUUUGGAUAUUAGAGACUCCGUUCUCUUCCAAGCUAACAAAGAGAAGUUGAAAGGUAUAAGACCAUCUAAGGUGAUGAGAAUCCAAGAAAUUGGUUCUUUGAACGAUAUAUCAGAUCUUGAGCAGCUCAAAUCGCUAGAGAUUUUUGUGACAUUACCAUCGUUUGAUAAUGUCAUAUUGUCUGAUGCAGUGAAAUUCAAACUCUUGGCAAACUUGGAGGAAUUGGUGAUAGAAGACAUAGAGUUUUCUUCUCUUAGAGUGUUUUACUAUUUCAAGGAACAAGGAGUGGUAUUCACAAAAUUAAAGAGUGUGAAGUUCAACCAUGUCCAUGGCAUACACGAUUAUAACAAGACGUAUCGUGAAUUGACUGCUGAUUUCUUGAAAGAAGUGAUCCCGUUGAAACAGUUACAGUCAUUAGAAAUGGAGUUAGCAUGUGAGAUGUCGGAAUGUACUUGCAUCGAUGAUUUUUUGUCCGAAAUCUCUAGCGAAUUAGUAUCUUUGAGGAACCUUGCCUUGAUCGAGAAAACUUUCGUUACUCAAGGUGACCAUUACACUGAGGAAAAUUGGGAUCUUUCCAUAAACAGAUUCAUAUUACAUUUACCUAAUGUAAGCCAGAAUCUACAGACUUUAAGUGUCAGACACAAUUGCCCAAUUAAUGGAAUACAGAAGGAUAGUGUUGAGGGGAACUAUAUCAGAAGAAGAACUUUGUAUGAAGAGGUGCUUCCUCAUUUGAAAUCGUUGAAGAAAUUAUUUGCUCCCACUAUCUUGCAAUCGUUGAGUUCCUAUGAGAUUCUUGUAUGUGAUCUCUUAUGGAAUGGUUGCGAAUGUGAGAAAUGCACUAAAGUGCUAGAUAUUUUCGACCAAUUCAUUCAGAACCAUCAAUACUACUCUUACGAGGAAGGCCAAUACAAGGACAUAAUACCGACUGUUUUCUUUGCAUACGCUGGUGAUUCACUUUGUCGUAGGUUCCUGACCGAAACAGAUUGGGAUUUAAAAGCAUUGCAGUAUUCUCCGACGCAACAAAUGUGGGAUUUUCACGGAUACGAAAACGUCUAUCAUUUCCAGGACUAUAACUGCCAUUUUGACGAAUCUGCAUAUACCCAUCUAACGCAGGUGAUUUCCCAUUUCUUCGAUGACUACAUGAAAACUUUGGUGAAACUCCUCCCAAACUUAACCGUCUGUCUUCUAUCAGGUAUUUAUUACCAAGUAUCAGAUGAUCGCCAGUUCUCGUCUCAAUACGAUAGGUAA